CCUGUACUAUUUUAAUGUAUGCUAAUUAAAAAAAAAAACAAAAAGACUUCAACUAGGAUGUGCACGGUGGGACACACGUGUAGUCCCAGCACUCAGGAGGCUUAGGCAGGAGGAUUAAGAGUUUGAGACCAGCCCAGGCUACAUAAAGAGUUCCAGGCCAGGCAGGGUUCAAAAAAAAAAAAAAAUAAUUCAACCAACUAAUGAAAACCCAGAGCAGCUGGGGGCACAGUGGUUCACACCUGUAAUCCCAUCUACUCAGGAGGCUAAGACCUAGAGAAUCAAAGUUUAGAGGCCUGCCAGGGCAAAUAGUUUGCAAGACCCCAUCUCCAAAAUAACCAGAGCAAGAUGGACUUGGAGGUGUGAUUCAAAUGGUAGAGUGCUUGCUUUGCAAAUGUGAAGCUCUGAGUUCAAACCUCAGUUUCACAAAAACAAAAAACCCAGAGCAAGGUUUAGAAAUACUAUGGCCACUUUAGAAAGAUCAUGCGAGCGCUGCUGGAGGUGAUCUCUGCCCUGCACAAACUCAACAUCGUGCAUCGGGACCUGAAGCCUGAGAACAUCCUCCUGGAUGACAACAUGAACAUCAAGCUCACAGACUUUGGCUUUUCCUGUCAGCUGACACCCGGAGAGAAGCUGCGAGAGGUCUGCGGGACCCCCAGUUACCUAGCCCCUGAAAUCAUCCAGUGCUCCAUGAACGAUGACCACCCAGGCUACGGGAAGGAGGUGGACAUGUGGAGCACAGGGGUGAUCAUGUACACGCUGCUGGCCGGCUCGCCGCCCUUCUGGCACCGGAAGCAGAUGCUGAUGCUGAGGAUGAUCAUGAGUGGCGACUACCAGUUCGGCUCACCCGAGUGGGACGAUUACUCGGACACAGUGAAGGACUUGGUUUCUCGCUUCUUGGUGGUGCAGCCCCAGAACCGCUGUACGGCGGAAGACGCCCUGGCACACCCCUUCUUCCAGCAGUACGUGGUGGAAGAAGUGCGCCACUUCAGUCCCCGGGGCAAGUUCAAGGUGAUCGCCCUGACGGUGCUGGCCUCAGUGCGGAUCUACUACCAGUACCGCCGUGUGAAGCCGGUGACCCGGGAGAUCGUCAUCCGAGACCCCUACGCGCUGCGGCCUCUGCGGCGCCUCAUCGAUGCCUAUGCUUUCCGCAUCUACGGCCACUGGGUGAAGAAGGGGCAGCAGCAGAACAGGGCUGCGCUGUUCGAGAACACGCCCAAGGCAGUGCUGCUGUCCCUGGCUGAGGACGACUACUGACAGCGGGAGGGUGGGGGAGGCCAGCAGAGAGGAGAGCCAAGGAGGGAGACCCUGCGGCCUCCCAAGCUGUGCGAGGCAUGGUGUUCCCAUCACAUAGCAUUGGCGCAGACUGGGACAGGCCCAAGGGGUGAGAGGGAGACUGCCCAGCGGGUCCACCAUCCACUUUUAUCUUCACCGGGGCCCAGAGUCAGUGACACUUGGGCCUUCUUCCCUAGGGCUCCAGAGUGAGGAUCAAUGACAGAAACGCCCGAGGUAAACAUCGCAGAUUUUAUUGACCUCAAGAUAUCCUGUACCACCAAGAGCAGGUUCUUCUCUGGAGAUGUUUUUGGAGGCACAUGGAGGGAAGCCUGACAUUUGUCUUUCUGUGACUCCCCCAAUGCAUAGCUUCACCUGUAAAUUACUUUAUUCUUUCAGACCUCUUUAAGACUGACAUUGCUUUAAAGAGCCCACAUGACUGUUUUUACAGCUAGGGGAGAGAGGUUCCUUCAAGAGGGAAUGGAACACAGCACAGGAGGAAAGAGGAAACAUUUUCCUGCUACAAUAGUUAAUUAUCUGAGAAGAGAGAACUGCUUUGAGGAAGCAAUGUCAGAUCCCCGAAUCAAACAG